CAUUUAAGGACCACAAUGUAGACUUCAUUAUGUCAUUGAGGGCAUAUUAGUAGUUGUGUGCCCUUUAGCUUAUCAAGUCAAGGACCUCCACAACAUACUUACAUACACCUGUCAAAUCUUAAGUUUCCUCUAAGUUGUCCGUCAAAACAGGGUCUAUAUUUAUCAGGACUAUUAGUCCGCGUCUUGAAAUCAACACAUUUCCUAUUAAAGAACUCAUCAAACUUACAAUCUUUCGAGCGGAGCGUACGUUUGCAUCAACCUGCUGCACGACUGACGCGCGUCACCGAGUCGCGCGAGCCUGCCAAUAAGUGAAUCUCGUGCACGUGUCUUCCUCGGGCUUCCUUGCUGAAACUAAAUGGAAAACUUGACAGUUUUCAACCAAUUUUAGGUGUUGUGAUUGUUUUGUUUUGUUUUGUUUUGUCUCUGGGAUGAUAACUGUCCCGACUAUCACACCCACAGAGGAUUUUACAGGGGUUAAUGGCCUAAAUAGCCUCUAUGGAGAGAAAACAUGAGAUUUGCAGCCCAUUCAUUCCACGGAGCAACCCUGCGAGGAAAACAAGUGCAGAAAUAAUCAGUGAAGCCAGACAGUCCCUUCGAGUCCAGUCUACCCAGCGACCGUUUACUCCCAGAGAUGGACACAGGCAACUUUUUGGAAAGAGCUCUGUUCGUGCAGACCGUGACAACAGACCUCCAUCUACCUUUAGUCUGCAUGCUCAAAAUUUUGAUGCUCCUGACUCCAGGCCAGGUUCAGGGACUCGCCUCUCUCCUCUGGACCAUAAGCCAAAGUUUCCAGUCCCCUGUGAUGCUGAGGAUCCAUUCAAGGCCUUACCCAAACCCCCCACUGACCCACUGGAAGUUAAGAGGGGGCUGCCAGGAGGGCGGGCACGUCUCCUCCGGUCUGGAUCUCUCACCACGUUGUCUCCUGUAGAGGGACACAUACAUGUGAAAGAGCAAUUAAAUCCAGGCCUGGGACAAAAGCAGCCGUCAGCUAAACGACACCCCAGCACUGACCACACUAAGGUUCGCAGUGGUCCCCUUAAAACUGGCCGAUGCAGAACAGCAAGUGAAAGUAGAAUAAUGCAGCCUGGUGUUGACUCAGGCGUUAGACUCACAGAAGAAAGAGCAGGACGGAAAACAGAGCUUGGGAAUGGAGACCACACCAAGAGCACAGAGGAGGAUGCAGAGUCAUUGGUGUGGAAUAACAUGAUUGCUCCUCUUCUCCAACAACUAGAGAGCAUGGCUGCAGGCAGCUCUGAGGGCUCACUGGAUAGUCUGUGUGAUUUGUGUGAUGGUCUCCAUGGCACCUUAGCAAAAGCAGACAUGCUCGGCCGACGCUGUAAGAGGAGGUCAGGGAUACUUCGAACACUGUUCCGCCUCAUCGACCUCAACUCUGCCCAGCUCAACCUGCACAUCGCCAAGCUCUGCCUUGCUCUGUGUGUCAGUGGAAACAACCUGCUUAACAUCUGUAAGCUCAUCUUCCAAAUCAGCCGCAGUGAAAGCAACGACAUCCUCUUUCAGAACAACUUUAUCAUAGGCUCUGUUCUGGGCGUUUUAAGCAACGAGGAUGUGUCCUCAUCUGGGGAAGCUCUGCUGUACUGUGUUGGGACUUUGAAAUUUCUCUCAGGAAACAGUGCAAUCCUCAGACUUCUGCUGGACAAGAACUGUGUUGGUGUGGCUCAGAAACUCAUGCAGAGGCUCUGCACAGCAGAAGACACCAACUUCACUAUAGCAGGGCACAUCCUUGUUCAGCUGACAGCGACUUUGAGGAACCUUGCAGAUCACCCAGAUUCCCGUCCACUCUUCAUCUCCUUCUCUAUGCUGUCAGAACUCUGUCUGGUGCUUCGUCAUCACUGCAAAGACCCGGACAUCUGCACCAACAUUUCCAGAAUAUACAGUAAACUCUCCUCUUACUCGGAGUGCCGCCUCGCUCUGGCCCAGACCCCCGACUCCUACCAACUAUUUUUAGAACUGCUGAGCAAACAUCACCAAAAACAGGACCUUGUCGUGCGCCUUCUUUUCACCCUCGGGAACCUCACAGCCAAAAGCGAAGAGGCUCGGCAGCAGCUCUUUCAGUGCGAGUCCUGCAUGGACACACUCCUGCAGCUGUACGACACCUACCAGCGCAGAGACAACUCACCACACACACCCCCACAGAAAGGCCCGCUUUCCCCCAGCGAGCCUCAGGCCCCUCCGGGGAGUGUGCAGGAGGAUGAGGACGUGCUGGUUAAGCUGGUCAGGGUGCUGGCGAACAUGUGCAUCCACCCGGCUGUAGGUCCAGCUCUGGCAAACAACACAAUCUGCAUUCAGCUGCUGAUGGAGACAAUUGAGCUGAGGUCUGUGCAGGAAAGCGAGGAACUGUUGGUGAAUGUGGCUGCCACCAUCAACAACCUGUCUUUCUACCAGGAGGAAAGCUCUGUACUCAGACGCAGUCAACUCACCAUCGCAAAGUUGAUGUUGAAGUUGGUGCUCAGCUCGAGUAGGGACGCCAUGCUUGAAGCCACCCGUGUAUAUGGAAAUUUGUCCCAGUCCAAGCAUGUGCGGGACUUUAUUAUGCAAAACAAAGUGCACCAGUUUGUAGUGACGCUGCUCGACUCAAAAAGCACUGAGAUGUGUUUUUCAGCCUGCGGGGUCCUCACCAACCUGGCUCUGGAUCCUGCCAACUGGGACAGUCUUUCAGUGGAGGGGGCUGCUGCCAAGCUUGUGGACUGUCUGAGAGACUUCGGACCAGGUGAUUGGCAGCUGGCGGGCCAAGUUUGUCAGGCGUUGUGGAACAUGAUCGUCUGUGGCUCAGAGAAGCUGCUGGACACACAGGAGAGAGAGUCACUGCUGGAGUUCCUCACUACAUGCUUAGAUGAACAGGAGGCUCUGAAGUGGAUAGAAAAUGAAGAUAUGAGGGAUUUCCACAGGGCAUGCUGGGAGUUAGAGUUCCUACCUGUAGCUCAAAAACUGAUGAAGACGCUCCGGCCUCCGGACCUAACAGCCUGACAAAGUUUGAGUUUCAUGUUGUCAUAGAAAUCCAGAGUCCACAUUCUAACUAUUAAACACAUACCUCCAGUGGGUUUUAAAGGUGGCUGUGAAGGUUUGUAGUGAGAAGCAGGUGAGGUCAGCUUGAAGUCAUGUCAGUUACAGUGAAUUCCAUCGCUGGUUUUCAAGGCAUAAAAAAUUAAAAAUACCUUUAAAAAUGUUUCAAACCACAAGUUACGUUUCCACUGUUCAUCCAUAUGCUUCAAGCUGACUAUUAAUGCCAUUGUUUAAUGAAACUACAAACCUUUGUAGCUUUUAGGCCUACAGAUGGUCAGCGUGUCAUAACAAUAGAUUUUUGGUGGCUGAUGAAGGAAAUUAUGCAAAAGAUAAGAAGCAGGGUGACUCUGUUAAAAUGUGUGUGGAUGUUAAAAUUACCAGAUUUCUUUCUCAAUUCUGUAUACUUUAUACACAAGGUCUUCAUUUAUUUAUUUUCUUAGCCUUUUCAAUCCUAACACAAUUUUUUAAUUUUCAUUUUAAAAAUGUGUAGCCUUUUUGCACUUCAAUUUUCAUAAAGCAGAAGCCUUGAUUUUCUGGGUAUCUUCACAUGUACAGGGAUAAUUUAACUCAAGCUCUUUGCACAUUUAUGCAACAGACAUGAACAGUUUUGUAAGCUCACUGUGUUGUAAAGGUUCUUUUAUGAUAAUGUAGUCAUGAAAACGGAUAACUGACCUGGAAUUUACCACAUAGGUAAAUCUUUUAUUUUCUGUGGAUUGUGUGACAUUGUAACUACAUAAUAAAGCACAAGACAGUGGAAAACACAGGUUUGCUUCUCAAAGCCUUUAUUAUUACACAGAUAUGGGGCCAGGCAGUGCUUGCAAGUUACACCAAGUAGCCUAAAGUACAGUAUUUCAAAAUCACAUCGUUAUUACAUCAAAACAAAUCAGAAACGGCACUUAAUGUGAAAAUCCCUGUUUUCAAACAAUAGCGACCCUAAAACAACCACAAGACAAGCCGAUGUUAAAAAAAACAAAAAAAAAAACACUAAACUAUUCAUUAGCCAGAGCUAA